UACAUACAGUGAAAGUGAAACCUGCGCCAUAGAAAAGUAAAGAUACCAGGCUAAAUUGUUCAGAUUUUAAGAAUUAAACAACUUCAAACAUUAACAAAUUUGCAUAGCAAAGAGGCAGCUAAAAACAAGUGGCAAAAUGUGUGGUGGUUUUACCUGCUCGAAGAAUGCGUUAAUUGCGCUCAACAUUUUGUAUGUGAUGAUUGGUUUCUUGCUGAUUGGCGUCGGUGUCUAUGCAAGGGCAGCAUCUGUUGUGACGAAUCUGCCAAUUGUUGGUGGCAUCUUGGCCUGCGGUGUGAUUCUCAUCUGCAUUUCCAUGCUGGGCCUCGCUGGUGCCGUCAAGCAUCAUCAAGUGAUGCUCUUCUUUUACAUGAUUAUUCUCUUCAUGCUGUUCCUGAUACAGUUCUCCAUUGCCAGCUCUUGCCUGGCCGUCAAUGCCGAGCAACAACAACAAUUUGCCGAGCAAGGCUGGAAAACGGUACCGAAAAAUCUGCGUGAACAGGUGCAGGAGAAAUUCCUUUGCUGCGGAUUCAAUGCCACCACUACAACCACCAGCAACACUAUAAUUGUUAAUACAAACGAGCCCAGCUGUGACAUUGUGAAUAAACAAUGCUGUGCUGACUCUCAGGAUCCUCAAUGUCACUGCGGUCCUUGUGGCCCCUUGUUGGAGGAUAAAAUUGAUUAUGCCUUCAAAUUGUGCGGCGGUCUAGGCAUUUUCUUUAGCUUCACUGAGGUUUUGGCCGUUUUUCUGGCACGUCGCUAUCGCAAUCAGCACGAUCCCUGCUAUUUACCCGCUCGGGCCGUCUUUCCACACAAUUAUCAGUACUGAGUGGAGCUGCAUUGAUGGAUAUCAAUAAAUCGAACAGAACAGGCAACUUUUAGUCAAAGGGACGAAGGCUGAUUUAUAAUUUUUACACAAAACUUCCUAGCAUGAACUGGAAAUGCAUGAAGGGGAAGGGAACGAAACAUGUGCUCACAACCAGAAUUCACUGUCAAAUGGGCUGUAAAUGAAUUAAUUUGUCAUUAAUUCGUGCAGUUUGUUGUGCAAUGAGUUCUCUGGAUAUCAUGAGCAUUUUUAUUGCUUAUACAGUUCUUAGUUUUAAUUAUGCAAAGAGAUUAAAGUUCCCCCCAAUUGAGAUUAUAAUUAUUAUAUAUAUACUACGUUUGUGUGUUCAUUUGGUUUAUGUUAACAAUUUUGUGAAUAUUUUAAUUAAUUGUGCAAUCAUUUUACGUCUUUUUAUUAUUUAGUUAAGCUUAUUGUUAAUAAUCCUAUGUAUAUUUGUUUGCAACUGGCAACAAUCAUAAAAAAAAACUGCUGUACCACACUUAAAAAAAAAACAUAAACAAAGUAAUAAGAAAGAACAUUUCGAACCUGAUCUAAAUGUAGAACCAAGUCAAAUGUAACUAGCAACGGUAACUGUGUUUUAACAAACAAAUUGCGUAACAUAUACAUAACACAUAAAAACUUAUAUACAUAUAUUAUACAUAUAUAAAUAUACAUAGUUAACAAGAAACGACAUAAAAAAUAUAUGAGAAAUCUAUAGAUGUUAGAUGUGUGUUAAAACUUUAAAAUUAGCACUUAAAUUUCAAAUGGCUAAACUAGAAAACAUGUCAACAACUAAUUCUAAAGUCUUAAUGUAUCACACUGACCUUCCAAGAAAAUUUCCACUUACCCUGCUGUUUGCCUAUCUGUUUUAUCUGUAUACUUUCUUUCUGCAUCUCUUAUAUAUUUUUCAAUUACUCGCCUUAACUUGCACCCACGCAAGAAACAACACGAAGCCUUUUCCUUUCUUCCUUAACACUAUAAACAUACACACAACAAAUUGAUAUAGUUUUCCUCUUGUAUUGCGUUUCGUAUUUCCUUUUCAAUGCGAUAAAGAAACGACAUUAAAUAAAAUUCUCUGUAUUCUGUGCUGUGAUUGAAGUAAAUAUGAUCUUUAAAAACCAAGCAACAAUAA